GCCGGCUCCGCCGCCGAGGGCGCCGCCUACGCCGGCGCGCAGCGCCUCUCCUCCCCGAAGCAGUCCCCCAGCCGCCUGGCCAAGUCCUACAGCACCAGCUCGCCCAUCAACAUCGUCGUCUCCUCGGCGGGACUGUCGCCGUCCCCCACCCGAGUGACCUCCCCGCCCACCGUCCAGUCUAACAUUUCCUCCUCUCCUAUCCACCAGUUAAGCUCCACCAUCGGCACUUACGCCACUCUGUCGCCCACCAAGCGGCUGGUUCACGCUGCCGAGCAGUACAGCAAGCACUCCCAGGAGCUGUAC